CAAAAGUGAGGUUAUGUGGCAGGGGCGACGAAUUUUCACACUAUGAACCCAAAUAAGCCCCCCUUAAUCGUUAUAAACAUGAUUUUCCGUAAAUGUGUAAGGUAAAACAAAAUAUUUCUUCUGGGUAGAUAAGUAAUAUGGAAUUUAUAAUAAAGGAAGACCGUGUCACAGACCACCCAUUUACACCCUUUAACUGUGAAAACGUUGACAUCGAACUAUAUUGUUGCCAAUAUUGCAGCUUCGAAACCGAAUUGAGUAUCCUUCGUAAGCAACACAUUGAAACCUUUCACAGAAUUAAACCGGAAAACCCUGAAGACUACACCGUUCAAACUUAUCUCUGUAAAAACUGCAAUUUUGACACCUACUUCGUGCUAAAAUUCCUCCAACACACUAAAACUUGUCUUCAAAACAAACAAAGUCGGGGUCGCAAGUGGCUCAAGUGUGACAAGUGCAACUACAAAUCCAAAUACAGCAACGCUUUAAGGGGGCACCAAAUCACAAACCACUUGAAAGAUGACGAAAUCCAGUGGCACCACUGCGACAAAUGCGCAUACAAAGCCAAACAAAAACGCUAUUUGAAAAUCCACGUCCACGUUCACCACAUGGACGAAAAAAACACGAAAUGGUACAAAUGUCAACAGUGUCCAUAUAAAACCAAAUUCGAAUUUUACUUAACCAGCCACUUGAAUACCACUCACUUAGUUUCCAAAAGGUACAAAUGUGACCAGUGCUCCUACGGAACCAACUCCAGCUCGCACUUAAAGAAGCACAAAAUCCACAAACACUUGCGCGAGAACGAAAUCCAGUGGUAUAAAUGCGAAAGUUGCCCCUACAAAGCCAAAACCAAGCCCGGCUUGAGGGACCACCAAAGCACCGUGCACGUGCAAGACAAAGACGUCAAGUGGCGUAAGUGUGACCACUGCGCUUUCAAAACCAAGCAAAUGAAAAACUUAAAACUGCACAUGUUUAACAAGCAUUCCAACGAAAAUGAAAUCGUGUGGUUCGAGUGUGAAAAGUGCCCGUACAAGACCAAGCACAAGUUUUCGCUGAAAAUGCACGUGAAUAGUUACCAUUUAACUGGGAGCGAGAUUACGUGGUUUCGCUGCGACAAGUGUUCGUAUAAGGCUAAGAGGCAGUUCACGUUGAGGAAUCACGUGAAUGCGGUUCAUUUGAACGAGGAGGAUAUUAAGUGGCAUCAGUGUGACCACUGUAAUUACAAAACGAAGCACUCGAAGAAUCUCAAAACGCACGCGAAGACGCUGCAUUCGAGCGAGACUAAGUGGCAUUAUUGUGACAAGUGUUCACACAAAACGAAGUACAGUAGUGGGCUGAAACGCCACUUGAAGACCCAACAUGGUUCAGAAUGAUUUUCCUGGGUGUUGUAAGUAAAUGUGUAAUGGGAAAUUAAUUUUACUCUCAGCGUUCGUACUACCAUCUAAAUGUUUUAAAUUUUCAGUGUUUUACUUACUGUACAUGAUUUAAUGUCAGUUGGUGUCUUAAAUCGUUAAUAAAGAGAAUUAUUUAUUUGA